AUGGAGGACAUUGGUCAGGAUAGAAGAUAUGUAUUUAUCUCUGAUCAACAGAAGGGACUUGUGGCUGUAUUUGAAGAAUUGUCUGAUACUAUUGAGCAUAGAUUAUGUCUUAGGCACUUGUAUGCUAAUUUCAAGAAAAGGUUUGGUGGAGGAGCCCUUAUUAGAGAUUUAAUGAUGGGAGCUGCUAAAGCCACAUACUAUCAGGCAUGGGUCCAAAAGAUGAAUGAAUUGAAGAAUGCAGAUCCCAAUGCUUGGACUUGGUUGAUGGUUGUUCCUACCAAAAGCUGGUGUAAGCAUGCCUUUUCUUUUUACCCUAAAUGUGAUACAUUGAUGAAUAAUAUCUCAGAGUCUUUUAAUGCUACCAUUCUAGCUGCUAGGGACAAACCUAUACUCACAAUGUGUGAGUGGAUAAGAAAAUAUCUGAUGAAUAGGUUAUCCACCUCUGCAAGUAAACUAGAAAAUUGGCCACAUAAGGUGAUGCCAAUACCUAGGAGAAGGUUAGAUAAUGAGGUGUUCAAUAGUGGUCAUUGGUUGCCAACAUGGUCAAUUGCUGAGACUUUUCAGGUUACACAUAGUUACAACACACAUGAAUUUAUUGUUGACAUUGCUAAAAGGUCAUGUAGUUGUAAUUUUUGGGAAUUAGUAGGAAUUCCAUGUAGGCAUGCUGUAGCUGCUCUGAGUUAUAGAAAGCAAAACCCUGAUGAAUUUGUUGAUGCUUGUUACACAAGAGAAAAGUUUGCACUAUGUUAUGGAUUUUCAGUAAGUCCAAUCAAUGGUCAAGAUAUGUGGCCAGAAGUUGAGAUGGAACCACCUCUACCACCUGCAUAUAAAAAUGGUCCUGGUAGACCUAAGAAGAUUAGGAUAAGAGAAAGUGGAGAGGAUGGUGCAAGGAAGAGAAGAUCUGGUGUUGCAUAUAAGUGCACCAAAUGUGAUAAUUUUGGUCACAAUGCUAUGACUUGUAAGGCUACCACUCAGGAUCCCAAUGCACUUAAAAGAAAGAGAAAACCUAAAAAAGGACAUGUGCCAACUGCAACUGAUAUGCCAACUGCAAAUGAUAUGCCAACUGCAUCUGAUAUGCCUGCCCCAACUGCAACUGAUAUGACUGUUCCAACAAAUGUGCCUGUUCCAACUGAUCCACAGCCUCCAACUGAUAUGCCUGUUCCAACUAUUAUGAGUCAAACAGGAUCUAGUGUGGCUGCCUCAAUCACAAAACAAUCCAGAAAAAGGGUUGAAAAAAAACCUAUCAUCAAAAGAAGGCAAAGUGAGAGGAUCAAGUUGAGUUGGUUUAAAAGACCCAUAACAGGUGAAGGAAUAUCUAGUGACAAACCAAUUACCCUACCAGAAAAUGAAGACAUACCCACUUCAAAAUGAGGGACUGAUUAUUAUGUUUCUGCUAUGUAUUUUGUAAUCCUUUUGGAAAACUCUU